GCCAGCCAAGAGAAGGAUGCGGGUAAGCGCAGCUCUUAGCUCUUCCGCACAUGGUGAGUCAAUCCCUUCCAUUCACGCUGCAGAACAAGGUUGCAUCAGAAUUUGAUUGAAGUGAUGGCAGGCUUGGGAGACUUGGCAAAGGGAAAGAGGGUCCAGCCCGCUUGGUCUGCUCCGGCUGGGACUGACCCCCCAAAACUGCGGCUGUACAACAGCCUUACGCGAAGCAAGGAGCUGUUUGUCCCACAGAAAGGAAAGAAGGUGCUGUGGUACUGCUGCGGCCCCACCGUGUACGACGCCUCACACAUGGGCCACGCCAGAUCCUACAUCUCCUUCGACAUCCUCCGUAGGGUACUGAUGAACUACUUCAAAUAUGAUGUCUUCUACUGCAUGAACAUCACAGACAUCGAUGACAAGAUCAUCAAAAGGGCUCGGCAGAACCACCUGCUGGACCAGUACAAAGGCCGGAAGCCAGGCCCCGCCCAGAUACUGCAGGACGUGCUCACUGCCAGAACGCCUUUCCAGGGAAAGCUGGCCAAGACGACCGACCCGGACAAGAGGCAGAUGCUGGAGAGGCUGGACACAGCGGUGACCGCUGCCCUGGGUCCCCUGCAGAGGGCGAUGGAGAGCGGGUCAGCAGAGGCCACGCUGCAGAGCACGGCUGAGGUGUUACUGGAGGAGGCCAGAGACCUGCUGUCGGAUUGGCUGGAUUCCCGGCUCGGAAGCCAGGUGUCGGAGAACUCCAUCUUCUCCCUGCUGCCCAAGUACUGGGAAGGAGAGUACCACAAGGACAUGGACGCGCUGAACAUCCUCCGCCCCGAUGUUCUCACCCGGGUCAGCGAGUACGUUCCCGAGAUCGUGACCUUCGUGAAGAAGGUCGUCGACAACGGCUACGGGUACGUGUCCAACGGCUCGGUGUAUUUCGACACGGCCAAGUUCGACGGCAGUGACACGCACUCGUACGCCAAGCUGGUCCCGGAGGCAGUGGGAGACCAGGAGGCCCUGCAGGAGGGAGAGGGAGACCUGAGCAUCUCUGCGGACAGGCUGAGGGAGAAGAGGUCCCAGAACGACUUCGCCCUCUGGAAGGCCUCCAAGCCUGGGGAGCCGUCCUGGGACUCCCCCUGGGGGAAGGGACGGCCAGGUUGGCACAUCGAGUGCUCUGCAAUGGCCGGCUCCAUUUUGGGAGAGUCCAUGGACAUCCACGGGGGUGGCUUUGACCUGCGCUUCCCCCACCAUGACAACGAGUUGGCACAGUCCGAGGCCUUCUUUGAGAAUGACCACUGGGUCCGCUACUUCCUGCACACGGGUCACCUGACCAUUGCGGGGUGCAAGAUGUCCAAGUCCCUGAAGAACUUCAUCACCAUCAAGGACGCCCUGGCCAAUCACUCAGCUCGCCAGCUGCGCCUGGCCUUCCUCAUGCACUCCUGGAAGGACACGCUGGACUACUCCAGCAACACCAUGGAGUCCGCCAUUCAGUACGAGAAGUUCCUCAACGAGUUCUUCCUCAACGUCAAAGACAUCCUGAGGGCACCGACAGACAUCACGGGCCAGUUUGAGAAGUGGGAGACAGCGGAGCUCGAGCUGAACCGCAGUUUCUACGAGCGGAAGGCGGCCGUGCACGAGGCCCUGUGCGACAACAUCGACACGAGGACGGCGCUGGACGAGAUGCGGGCGCUGGUCAGCCAGAGCAACACCUACGUGGCCAGCAGGAAGGCCGGCAAGCUGGCGCCCAAUCGCAUGCUCCUGAAGAGCGUGGCGUGCUACCUCACAGACAUGCUGAAGAUGUUUGGUGCAAUCGAAGGCUCGGAGCCAAUCGGAUUCCCCGUGGGGGGCAACGAACAAAGCGCUGACCUGGAGAGCACAGUGAUGCCGUAUCUGAAGGUUCUGUCAGACUUCAGGGAGGGGGUCCGGAAAGUCGCCCGGGAACAUAAAGUUACAGACAUCCUGCGGCUGUGUGACACACUGCGGGACGACGUCCUGCCGGACCUGGGGGUGCGCCUGGAGGAUCACGAAGGCCUCCCGACCGUGGUAAAGCUGGUGAACAGAGAGACUCUGCUGAGGGAGAAGGAGGAGAAGAAAAAGGCAGAGCAGGAAAAGCAAAAGAAGAAAGAAGAAGCAGCAAGAAAGAGAGAAGAACAGGAAGCAGCUAAACUGGCAAAGAUGAAGAUUCCAGCUUGCGAGAUGUUCCUCCAGGAAACGGACAAGUAUUCCAAAUUUGAUGAUACGGGUUUCCCCACCCAUGACUCUGAGGGAAAGGAGAUCAGCAAGGGACAGACCAAGAAACUGCGCAAGCUGUACGAGGCACAAGAGAAACUGCACAAGGAGUACCUGGAGACGGCUCAAAACGGGAGCUAAGGCUCAUGGGAGAUUACCCAGGGUCCCUCCACAGGCACCCUCCCCUGCCCUGAGCUCUACCCGCUGCUUCCGUCCGUCUGUCCGUCCGCCCGGAGGAACCCCACUCGUCCCCAAGUCUCUGGACCACACUCUGGAGCUCAGAAUGAUUUCUGUUAGAUUUUUAAAGGUUCAAAUUUUUCAUGAAAUGUAUUUUGCUGUAAAAUUUGUGGUAUUUUGAGUAGAUAAGUGGUUUGCAGGCGUCCCGUAUUUGGAGGGUGAAAAUGUUUUCCUGUGUUAAAAUGAAAUGCAGACCUUGAAACUUUUCCUGACAUUACUGUACUUUCUGCGUUUUUUUCUUAAAUGAACAGCAGGCUGUGGUCAUGCCGAGAUCAGACUGUUGAUAAGUUGCUUCAGAAAGUUUGCGAAAGAAGAGUGAGAGAGACGAGUAAGGAAGGAUAGAUAAUUUAGUAAUUUGUGAGAGUGAUAUUUUGGGGACAUCUGAACAGGCAAAGCAAAAGCAGGGUUGUCUUUCCUAAUGUAACCCAUUCAUUUGUACAUCCAGCUGUGUGUCAGUGCAUCCCAAUCCUGUUCCCAGAGAUCUCCCAUCCUGUAGGUUUUCACUCCAACCAUCAGCACACCUCAUUCAAAACACCUAGAGAUUAAUGGAAUCAGGUGUGCCAAAUUAUGGUUGCGAUGAAAAC